AUGCUGUGCUCGUCGUCGUCGCAGUCGUCGUCGCCCACGUCGUCGGUAUCGAUGUGGUCGGUGCCGUCCUCCCUCUGCGCAGCCGCGGGCGGGCCGAAGGAGCUCGACGACUUCUGGAGCACCCACCAGCGGGCCGACCAGAUCGCCGCGAACAUGGGCGUCAACAAAGGCGACACCUUCCAGGUGCUGCUCAUCGUGCUCUGGCUCUACACCCGCGAGGCGUGGCUCCGGCACGUCCUCGACGCGCUCAGCAUCGCGGUGGCCGCCGCCGCCGCGCAGCAGGGCCCGGGCUCCUGGGACGGCGAGGGCGCCACGGGCUCGACGCCGCUGUCGCCGAAGGGUGCGCGGCGGCGUUGCGGCCAGCGCGAGGUCGACCCGCUGGUCACGGCGCUGGCGCCUUGCGCGCAGCUGCUCCAGUCGGCCCUGCUCUGGUUCGAGGAGGCGGGCAUCCAGCAUUUGCUGCCCACAUUCGAGAGGAAGACAAGGCGCUGCACAAGCAUGAACCUUCAGCGGCCCGCGCGAGUUUCUUCGGCAGCGAAUCACGGACAGAGCACCCGCUGGUGA